UGUCUUUUGCCGAAAGCGGCACGCGCGCUCCCGCGUAGUUUUAAGCCCGCCUUUCCCCGUGGGGGUGGUGCCUGCGAGGGUUCUGGGAGGCGCUCUCUCUCUUUUUCUCUCCCCCCUCUGCCCCGUGCAUCCAUCUGUUCUCUCUUCCCACCCCCACGUGCUGCGCUCUAACCCGGAGUUAGAAAAGCGUCUGGACCCGCCCCCUUCUUUUUUGGGUUCUCUUUGCGCCACUUGGCGGCUUCUUCUGCUGCGCGCGCUUUGUGGCCGCUUAACAGCAGUUCUAGGCGGUGGGGAUGGCGGCUGUUUUGGAGUUGCUGCUGCGGGAGGAGGUAGCAGCCAGCGCUGUGGUGCGGUGGCUGAAGCCAAGCCAGAGCCCCUGUCCUGUGGAGGAAGUCCAAAUCUACCCCAAGCUAGCACUUCUUGCUCUGCUUCGGAAAGAUUUUGUGCCCUUUUUAUUGAAUUACUUAAGGGAGCAGACCAGUCAGAUCUUGACCAAUGGACCAUCUACCCCAGCUAAAACUCCGAACUCUAAGGUCCUUGGUAGCUAUAGGAACCAAAGGACAGGAUGUGAAAGGAAGGCACACAGCAUGACAGGGACCAGUUGCAGCAGAGUGCAGCUUUUUUGUGACACAACCUCCACCAGUUUGCACAGCCCCAGUAACAGUGUGUCUGCUUCGGAGCUAGAUGGAUCUUCUCCUUUUACUGGGUCAAGUAUAUUGGCUUCCUGCAGCGAUUUCCCCAGCGUGGAUUCCAACACCAGCCCAAGCUUUGGUUCAAGCCCCAUGUUUCCUCGCAGUGAGAGACGUUCUAACCAAAAAACGAACUUGGGGAGUUUUCUUAGUGGUGUCCCUGUGAGGCGAGGUAGAAGAAGAGGCAACAGUUCUGCAGCUGCUUCUGGCCGGUUGGUGGCUCAUGAUCUGGGGCAAAUCUUGAAUGAGGAAGCAAAAGAUGACAGUUCAUCAAUGAGUUCAUCAGGGCACAGGAAUCAGAAUGAAGUGAGUCUUAUCUCUACAAGUUCCUCACCUGAUCAGCUUAACUUAAAUGACUUGGAGGAAUUUCCACCUAUGAGUCCUGCUGGAAUCACAGACAAAACCAAACCAUCAAGAAGAAUCAACCCUACCCCAGUGAGUACUGAGCGAUCUCUCUCCAAGCCCAAGAGGUGCUUCACUUCCACUCCUGUUGGUCAAUCUCAAGCUUUUUGGUUUCAGUAUGAAACCAGUCCUGAGGCUCUUGCAUUACCCCAGGAAGCACACCUGAUCUCUGUUCCAGGAAGCCUUCAAGAGGAGAGAGAGAUGCUGAAGAAGGAACGGUUCAAGCUGUUGCAGCACACGUCUUCCCUAUCAGGGUUAUCUCUGGAUUGUGGUACAUCUGUCAAACCUAAUUUUGGUCGGAAUGCAAGUCUUGUCGAAAACCAGUUGGUAACCUCUGCAGAUUUCAAUAAGGUUUCCUGCAGGAGGCAGCUGGAACAACUGGCUCAACUUUAUUCAUCUUGUAUAGCAGAAAACCUGGUGCCAAAUAUAUUUCUGGAGCUUUUCUUUGUGUUGCAGCUGCUAACAUCUAAAGGAACUUCCUCUGUGAAAGAUGGGGAGAGUGAUAGUGAUCUCAGUGAAGAGCAUAAAGAUGCAGUAACAAAGCAACACUUUCACAGUGUACACAAUUGUGUCUAUUUUGCUGUGCUGGUCUUGGAUUAUCAGUAUGAAAUUAUAUCUCAUUUAGAAAAAGGGACAUUGAAGCUUUUGGCUGAGAAUGAUAGGAUUGCAUCCUUUUCCCCUGGCUUGCAGGAGAAGCUUACAGCAGCCUAUGAAAGAAGCACAGUAAAGAUUUCCCUGCUGCUACCUUCAUGUGUGCGGUCAGUUUCAUUCCAGCCAGAAACUGACAAUAGAUCUAAUUUUUCCAGUGAUAAGGCGUUUCACAUAUUUAAAAAGCAAAGGGAUAUUUUCUAUGAGUUGCUGCGUGAAUGGGAAGAUAACCAUGAAAAAACAGGCUGGGAUUUUGAGAGGUGUCUGGGCGACAGGAUCAGGGUUAUGAUGGCUCACCUUUCAACAUCUUGUAACUACAGCCACUUUGCUAGGCUUUUCCAGAAGCAGCUUCUUCAGAUGUGUAAAGGUCCAAAUGGUGGUGGUGCAAGUUGGGGAGACACCCCAGACCAAGAUGUCCUUAACAUGCUGGGUUCAGAUAAUCUGAGCCGAUUGAAGAGGCUGCAAGAGAGAUUUGUCGUCCCUCAAAGCAUCAGAGGACCUUGCCCACCCCCUUCCUUCCCUGGAUGCCAGCAGUUCUUCAGGGACUUCAUCCUCAGUGCAGGAAGUUACCAAUUUAAUCAGCACCUGAUAGACAGCCUGUGCUUGCACAUACUUGAGCUCGACGGCCUUGCUUUGGUAGAGCAUGAGCCCAGUGAUGGAGAAGCAAUGGAUGAACAGGAUGAAAAGAAGCGUUUUGCUGCAGUCCUUGUGAGCCUCCGACUCCUGGCAAAGUUUUAUGGGUUCCUUGUCUUCUUGCCUUAUCGUACAGCAGAACCACCAACAGGAGACGUGCAAGAGUCUGCAGUGACUUUAAGGAACUAUACCCUUCCUGCACUGGAUAUACUGAAGCUGUUGAGGCAAUCGAUUCAGAAACAAUGCACUGUUCUGACUAUACCCUGGAUUGUAGAGUUCCUUUCCCUUAUGGAUUAUGUUGCCCCAUUUCUUGACUACUAUGGGAAGAUAUUCUCCCUGCUACUGCAGCUAUACCGAUGUCUGGUACUUUCUGAAGUUAAAGAAAUGUGUUUCCUGAACAAACUUCUGAUUCUUGCAGUUUUGGGGUGGCUUUUUCAAAUGCCCACUGUUCCAGAGAACUACUUCUUUGCUGGUGAAGUGAGACCCAGAGAAUUGACAGCAGACUCUGAAAUAACAGUUCGAACUCUGGAUUCGGUGCCCUUGGUGGAUCAACAACUGCUUUAUACCUGUUGUCCAUAUCUUGGUGAAUUGAAAAAACUGCUCUCAUCUUUUGCGUUGGGUAGUGGAGGAAAGAACGGUGGAUACAUAAGAAAAAUAACCCCAACAGCGGCAGAGACGUUAGCCCCGAAGCCUUCCAUCACUCAGCAAAAACUUCAGGCAGAGCUGGAGCAAGCCUUCUUCCACAAUCAGCCCCCAUCUCUGCGGAGAACAGUAGAAUUUGUGGCAGAAAGAAUAGGAUCCAACUGUGUCAAGCACAUCAAGGCAACCCUUGUAGCAGAGUUGGUGAAAAAGGCUGGGGUCAUAUUACAGGGUAAAGUGAAGGCAGAAGAUUCCAGCUAUGACAAGCUACUGGAUGAAGUGUGCUCUCAGCUGUAUGAAGAAGGGGCACAGGCUCUUAUCCAAGGCAAAGAAUUUUGCAGGAGGAAGGGUCCUGAGGCUGUGAAAAUCCUACUGCCAGAAGAGACAUCAGCAGCUGUUUUGAGUUGUGCAUCCAAUAUUGCUGUGGGACUAGCUACCGAGAAGGCCUGCACAUGGCUGUCCACCAACAUCACAGCCUUGAUUAAGAGAGAAGUAAAAGCCACCUUCAGUCGCAUGCUGAAAGUUCAGGUGCCUUCCCUGUCCAGUACCAGUGAAGAGAUGCCGAGGAAGAAGGAUUGUCCCCAAGGCUGCUCUCAUCAGACUGUGUUCCCUUCCCAGAUCAUCCAUGAAAUCAAGGAUGUACUCUGCAUUGCUGUGGGCCCAAGGGAUGAAGAUGAAGAAAUCCAGUUUGUCCAUUUGGAAAGUUUGUUGAACAGGCUGAGCCAGACACUUCAGUGCAGAAAGUUCAUAUGCCCAGCAUCAGAGCAACAGCUGGCCAAGUGCACUACAGAGCUGGCCUCCCUCUUAGUUUCAGAUCGCGUUCCUAUCCAGGGGUUGAGCUUUCAAGCCCCAAAGAAGCAGGAACAGCAGCAAGCAAAGAGCCACCUUGUUUCUAGGCUUCUGAAAUCCCUGCUUUCCAUUUGGAAGGAAGACUUUGAGGCACCUGUACCAUUGCAACUGAUCUUCAGUAGGAAAAACACUGCCUACCUUGCAGAAAACAAACAGCACAAGUGGGACUUGUACCUGUUCAUGCUUCAUGGCCUUGUGGAGCAUGGCUUAAUGACAGAUAUGGAGAUACAGCAGUGUUUGCAUGGCCUCCAGAAGUACCCAUGGCCUUCAGACUUUUCUAAGGAACUAGAAGCACUAUCAAAAAUAUUCAUUUCUGAGAAUUAUAUUGCAGAACCAAAGACUAUGCCUUGUGAAUUGAUGGGACAAUCUAGAGGGGCGGUGGCAGCACAGAGUUAGCACAAACAUAAAGCUCAAAUGCUGCUGGACUUGUUCAUUAAUGCCCUGGCUGUGGUUGCACUCAGGCAUUAAAUGUGGGCGCUCCAUCCCUCUACAAAUGAUGUCAUCUGUUACAAGGGCCAAACAUACACUGUUUCAAGGGGAGCCCUUUUAAGCACCUUAAUAGGAACUGCAGAAACAAGUCUGCUUCUGUUGGAAUGCCUGUGGGUCUCAAUCGAUGGAAGACAGACUGGAAUCUGUGCAGAUGUGCGGGUAGAUUCUUAAGACUCUCAGAUAAUAUGUUAGUAAUGUCCAAGUAUGGCCUUGAGGAAAGAACCCUCAUGUGAGACUGGUAUUUAAUUUUUAUUAGGAACUCAUGUUUGAAAAGUUAUUUCAUCCUCCCAAAGUUCAAAUCAUGUUUUAAAACCACCAUUGUUCAGAUAUUAAGCAUUGGCUUGGAUUUUUUUUUAAACAAAGGGUGCUUGCCCUUUACAAAAAAUAGCUUUUUGUAUUUGUGGUUUUUUAACGAAGGAAAUCCUACUUUUAUUGAGAAGACAGUAUUGUGGCAGUCAUUAAUGACAUUUAAUUAUUAAUUGUUUAGUAUUUGCCAUUUUAAAAAUAUUUACCUUAAAUACUGAAGAAUGCUCUAAAGUUACAACUACUUGAUGGUUUUUCUUGUUAUCUCCAACGUGUUUUAAUCAGACAAUCGUUUCCUGGAUUUGGUCUAUAACUUUGUAGACUUUCUUUUUAAAAAGUAUAAAUAUGGAUUCCCAAAGUGGUGUUUCUUGCUUGGCACUGAGUUUCCUAUUAGCAUGCUCUGUCUGUCCCUUUCCCCAUGCUCAACUGCUUUUUCCUUGAACACCUUGGAGUAUUUUCCUCAAGUUACCUGCUUUCUUUUUUACUGAAAAAUAGAGAAAUUUAUGAAUGCCACAUAAUGGUCUGUUUUGUCUUUUAUCUUCCUUACAGUGGCUUUAAAACUUCAUUAAAGAUCUCUAGAUGAGGUGAACCUUAGUUUUCUAUAUAUUGAAUCCUCAGUUUAGUUUUUGCUUGAAUGUUAGUAAUUUUGAUCUAAAGAAUCAUUGUCCUGGAGAUGUUGAGAAAAAUUGAUAAAUUAAGGCAACAUGCAGUAAGAUCUAUAUACAUCCUGCUGUAACUACUAUUCGAUGUGAAUUUAAUUGUUCAUUAUUAGCAGUGGUGGAGAGACAUGGUUUCAAGUAUUUGUCUUUCUACAGUACCUUGUAUGUUAACAUAUUGUAUCUGUGACACUGAGAAAUACAGUAAGUAAGGUUAAUGAAAAAACUAGUCUGAGGUCAUGCAAGUAUUCAUAAUGGACCAGAAAAUAAUUUAGCUUUCAGCCAUUUCCUUAAUGUAAAAAAUUAUUUAUUGUGAAGUUAUGAAAAUAGCAAUCUUGGUUAAAAGCAGAUAUGGGCUAAAGAUAUGGUACAGUAAAUGGUGUAUUCUUCCCACAUUCAAUAAAACAUUUCACAGAAAAUAGUUUUGCCCCAUUUUAAGAUUAUUCUUCUUGCUCUAGGCAUUCACAGGUACCAUAGUGUUAUAGGUGCAAAAGAAAAUGUUUAUUAUAUAAAUAGUACUUUUAAAGUAUCAAUUAUUUCUAAAAAGCAUACAUUAAUUGAUACCUGUAAAAAUAAUAAGCUUCAGCAUAUAAAACCACCUCAAAACAAGUAUAUAUAAAUAACUUAAUCUGUAAACAUAGAAAAACAACUAUAUGCAUUUAUAAAAAUAAACAUCUGAUGCACUGUACAAUAAGACAUUAUCCUUCAAUAGGCACCAUCUGUGUUAAGACUAAAGUCCAUCUUAGAUGUUGUUCCUGCUGAAACCAUUUGGUUCAUUAACAGUGCCAUGUCCAAAAAAUAAAGGGGGAAAACAAGCUAAUGUUCAGCAAAUAUUUAGCCAAUGCUCACUGGAAAUAUCUCCUAAAAUCGGUCCCUUGUACCCCUAUUAAAUUAUGCCAUUGCAUAAAAUUUGGUAGUUUACAACAUCCCACCCCAUUCCUUAAUAAUACGUUUGAAGGAAUACAAGGCUGCGUUCUGGGUGCUGCAAAUAUCUUUUUAACCACUUCACAGGAUUUUUGUAGUACAAUAAACUAUUGGCAUACUUUAUUGAACUUUUAUCAAUCACCAAUGGGAAUUUCUGUGCUUUGAUUUCCUGGUAGCUACUACCUUCAUUAUAUUUAACAAUUAAUUCCUAUCCAUAUUUAAUGCAAGUUAAUCAGUUCAGUGGAAUAUGCUGUCAAGUAAAUGUGUAUAGGAUUGUAGCUCUAGUUGUGCUGAACAGGCUCCAGCUAAAACAAAUUAUUUAUGAAGUACUAAAGUCAGCAGUGUAGGACUCUCAACCUGGACUGGGAUCCAACCCAUGAAAAAGUCUUGAUACCAGUGCACAGCCUCUGAUCCAGUCUCUGGCUGCCAUUUAACGGUAUAGCAAUUAUUUAAGCUUGCUUAUAUCACACACCAAUGUCUGCAAACAGUUGUGUACUCUUUACCCUGCCCUCCAACAGCCUUAGCUCACAGUAAUCCUCACUCAAUUACCUUUAGUGCAACAAGGGGAAGAAACGGAGCUCAUGAUCAGGUAUUUCUCAUUACUCAGAUGGAAAUCCGCAAAUACGCUGGAAGCAGUGAACAGCUCCAAUAAAGCAUUGCCGGUGAGGCACUAAGUUCAAGCAGCAGGCUUGUAAUUAAUGAGAGCAGGGUGGCAGAAAAUGAUGCAACAGCUAUAAGUAAUGCUAUAGUUAUACUACUGUAUUUGUAUGUCUAUUGUUAGAAACAACCUUCAUCAAAUGUCUACCCUGCCACAUGACAAACAUGCUUUUGGACACUAGUUUAUAGCAGGUGGGAGGGCUAAUUCUACAAGUUCAGUAAGAUCAGAAUAUUAUACAUGUUACAAUUUAUAAAAUGCAAUGUAUUUGAUAUAAUCAAAUGUGAUGGUUACAACAAACCAGACCUUAAGGAGGAAUAGAACUGCAAAAAGUGCAGUUGUGUAGUAGGAGGAAUGGGUCAGGUGGAAUACUGCUAAACAUGAUGGGGAAGAGUUAGGAGUGGGACCUCCUAAGUGAGUGUGUGAGAGAAGGGAUUCUUCUUCGUAGACCAGCGUUAGCCUGGAAUGGUCAAAGCCAUUAGUGCCUACUAAGCUUAAACUUUGAUCAUUCAAGACUUCAAAACCAACUAUCUAACAAAUGAGAGAGGUGGGGGGGGGGAAUCAACUGGAUGCACCUCGUGCAGCAUUAGAAGCCCCAUUCCAUGAUUCAUAGGGCAGUUGUGGUAUAAUAUGUGCAGUAAACUACUGUCCCUGCCUGCUCAUAUUUUCCCGUUUCAAGCAAUCAGGCCUGCGGUGCAGUGAUUCUGUAGUAGAACAUUGUGUCUCUACCUGAGUUGUGUUUGUGUUUCUGGCUCAGGUCAAGUAGUGACUAGCUGAUGCAUAUUAGCAAGAGCUAUUGCUCCAGCAGCUCCUUUAAAUGCCUUGAGAGGCAUCGGAAGCUUCUCCAAUCAGCCAGUCGAUUAUGUACAAUUAUUACAAUGAUUACUUUAUUUACAAAAACCCUUCUGAGCAGGUACUCUGGAAAGGACAUUACAGUAGUUUUGCUUCAAUGAUUAAAGGCUUCUUAAAAAACUCCACCAGAAACCAGCUACUCCUAAUUAUGCAUCUGACUGCACUAGCAGUCUUCCAAUUGUCUGACUGCAUGAAACAUGGUUUAAAACACAGACUUCUAUCAAUGUUUGUUUCCAAAAUGGAGUCUUGCUGGACCACUGUUUCUGUACAUUGAACAGAAAAGCACCUUAGUCAAGGGACAGAUCCAAAGCAAAUGUUCCUUAGUGAUGGUCCAGUUAACGUUUCUUGGACGUCUUGCCUUCAGUUCUGAAGCUGGCUAGAAAACCAACCUUGCUGGUACUCACACUUUCCCCACAAACGAAGCUGUUUCAGAAACAAGGUGCUGUGAGUGCUUAACCUGUGAGAAAGUGAGCAAGCCUAGCAAUCACCAGAGGUUGUCGCUUGGCAACAGAACUCAGAAGCCUUGUAGGGAUGGCUGGGGCACCAAGGUCCACCUGGAGCAAUACAAGAAAACUUGAUCAAUAGUAUGCAAGCAGAGUUUAUCAUUUGCCUCUGCUAUUUUUUUAUAACUGUAUCUAUAAAAUAUUGGAGGGGGGAGGAGAGCAGGAUUCAAAUGUUUCUGAAGGGGUGCUCCAAAUGAAGAUGACGAUAUAGCAGGCAUAGCACAAAGGUAGAGAUUUUUUUUAAAAAAAAAAUCUCUGCUGGUUUUUAAGCCUAACUUGCUAUACUCAUUUGUGGUACUGACACGUUCUGUAUCAACACUGGAAAAAUAAAUUAACUUUGUAUAUUGCUAGAAUUGUAAAGUUUUAGAUAUCACAAAAACGUAGAAAGCUGACAGCUAUUCCACGGGGUGGAGAAUCUAAACUGUACCUCAGGUAACUUUGUCCUAUACAAAGUUACUCUUCCCCACCUGGCAAGGUAUCUACUGUUAGACUCUGCUCUAAUCAGAUGGGCAGAGUGAAGGCUGUGGGUGGGUAGCUAUCAGUAUGUGGAUGCACAUGUAUUUCUUAAGAGUUGCUGUUCAUGAAGCAAACACUGCUGAUUACAGGUGAGGGACUAGUCAAGAGCCAAAUAACACCUUACUCAAAAGAGGGAUUAUUUCCUCUUACAGAAACAUCAAAACCUUAUCUAGAGAUAAUGUUCUGAGGUUUCUACACAGUUGUUUGAUGAAGCAGCAUACAUAUUGGUUCCACAAAUGCAUUUGUGGCUCAGUUUCUUACAAAUGUGUGUACAUUCACCUAAAGAAAUGUGCAAUCUGUUUUUCGUUCAUCUUUAGCUUUCAAACAAGGAGUAUGCUAGUAAGAAACUUUAUAGAUCUAUUUAAAAGUAUGUUUACUAUGUGCAUCCAUGCUCAAACCAGACAGUGCAACUGUACAUCUUUGACAUUGUUUGGUUAAGGAAAGGGUUGUCAACUGGGGAUUCACAAACCCCUCCCAACUCACUAGAAAGCCACCACUGGUGCCUCCUGAUUAGGACUAUGGAUUUCCCUGCCAUGGGAUGUGGUGAUAGCCACCUGCAUGGUCAGCUUUAAAAGGGGCUUAGAGCAAUUCAUGGAGGUUAGAUCUAUCAAUAGCUACUAGUCUGGAUUGCUACAGCCUAUCUCCAGGUUUAGAGGCAUCUGGUGAGCUAUGGUAGGAAACAGGUUGCUGGACUAGGUAAGCCUUGGGUCUGAUCCAGCAGGGGGUUCUUACAGUCUUAGGACUUCAGAGCAUGGGAGGACAGAAAAAGGUACAGAUUUCCUUUUGCUUAAGUAACUUGUGGGUUUGUCAGUUCUUGGUUGCUUUCACAUAGUAGUUUCAUACCAGGUUUGGCAAUAUUUACUUUGAUUAUAUGUAAGCAACCAAGAGUUGUCUGUCUCUGUCACUCCUACUCACUUAUUCCAUUUUAUUUCUCACCAACUUUGGCAAGAUGGGGGACUACUGGGGGCAGGGUGGAACAAUUUGAGUGUGUUUAGUCUUGAGAAGAGUGAGUAAAUUCAACAACUAAAACUAAUCCUUCUAGAAUAGGGUAGCAGACGUAUCUCAUUAAUGUUUUGGUUUUUAUAGCAAAGCUGAGGUGAUCUUAAUUGUACCUUCCCUUCUUCCAACCACAGACUCAAACUUUAGUUAUUCGUGAGUAGUCCUAUUGAAAUUUAUGGGACAGGUUUAUUUCUCCUACUUUGGGGGUACGCCCAGAUAACUUACUCUGUGAGUCAUUGACUUUAGUAGCCUGUCUUUGAACUAACACUUAAAGAGUGUGUGUGUGUGUAUACUGCUUUCCAACAAAUUUUGGAAAGCUGAAUAGAAAAGAAUGAGAAUAUGGUUCUCUGUCCCUUAAGGGCUUAUAGUCUAAAAAGAAACACACACCAAGUCCCUGAAGGGUUGAAUGGGGCCAGUUGCACUCUUUGCCCAGUUAUAUCUUUAUGAGAGAGGGUGGGUGGAGGGAGGGAGAGAGUUGUUUAAAAAGGGGUUGAAAACUCCCAAGCUAAAGCAUGCUUAUACUCUUAAUUCCUUGUACAGUUUUACUAACCUGCAUAAAUGCAUCCUAAUUAAAAAACACCUGAAAACCCAUCUUUUCGCCCAAGCUUUCUCAGCUUUUUAAAAUUUUAUGGUCUGUUAAACUGAUUUUAAAGUUUUAAAAUGUGGUUUUUAUGGAGUUUUAUUGUAUUUUAACAUUUGUAAACCACCCUGGAAUGUCUCAUGAAGGGCAGUAUAAAAAUUGAACGAUCGAGCAAUCAAUCAAUAAAAAUUACCACAGAUGCCAA